AUGGCCGACACAAUCGAACAAAGAAGCCCUCAGAGGCCCGUUGAGGAUCUAGAAUGCCUGCCCGACCUGAAGAUGGGCGGAAACGCCGAUGAGGGCUACGACAUCCUCGAAGGCUCAGACUUCCGUCCCAUCACCCCUGAACAAUCCGCCGCCAUCUGUAAGAAGCUCGACCGUCGCCUCCUCCCGUUGAUGUGCGUCCUUUAUGGAAUAUGUUACAUCGACAAACUGAGCAUGAGCUGGGCGGUUCUGUUCCAUUUCCGAGAGGACUUGAAUCUCAAGGGUACAGAGUACUCCUGGGCCAGUUCUAUGUUCUACUUUGGCUUCUUGGUCGCUCAGUACCCCGGAAACUACCUGCUCCAGAAGCUGAAAGUGAGCCGGUUCUUGGGCAUGACAGUCCUUGCUUGGGGUGUUUUGAUGGUUGGUCAUCUGGGCCUGAAAGAAUUCAAGGGGCUCCUCGUGAUUCGGUUCCUUCUCGGUGUGGUCGAGUCCGUCGUCAUGCCAGGCUUCGUCCUCUACACCUCCACCUUCUACACCCGCAAGGAACAGGUAUGGAGAACGCUCCUGUGGUCCGCCAUGCAGGGUAUCUUCACAAUCUUCGGCGCCCUUGCGUCAUACGGCCUUGGUCACAUUACAAACACCGUACUACGACCCUGGAUGUAUAUUUUCCUCAUCCUCGGCAUCCUGUCCUUCCUCACCGGCUCAAUCUGGUUGGUCAUUAUGCCCGAGACGCCCGGAACAGCAUCCUUUUUCACAGAGGAGGAGAAGCGCAUAGCAGUUCAGCGCGUCGCGGAAAACAUGACCGGAAUCAAGAGCUAUGGUUGGAAGACGUACCAGAUCUGGCACGCUCUCAAGGACCCCAAGCUAUGGCUUCUUCUCGGCUUUGAGUUCUUCAAGAGUGUGCCGAACGGAGGCCUCACCAACUUUGGCAGCUUGGUUGUGGCUGGGUUCGGUUUCGACUCGUUCAAGACUCUGCUUAUCGGGCUUCCGUCUUCGCUCGUGAGCGCUGGGAGUAUGAUUCUUUGGGGCUUCUUUUCCAUUAAAUAUGGAAACCUCCGUACCUGGGGCAUGAUCGUACCCAUGGUCAUCGCCAUCGCAGGCGUUGCCGCGGUCUACGCGACGCUCGGAACCGACGCCAAUAUCUACGGAAGGGCCGUGGCAUAUUGGUUGAUUAAUUCGUACGCCGUUACUAGCCCUUUUGCCCUGACCAUCGUUGGUCAGAACAUUGCCGGACACACGAAGCGCGCCGUCGCCAACACGCUCCUGUUCAUCAUGUACGCCGCUGGGAACAUCGCCGGCCCGUUUUUCUUCAGAAGCGAGGACGCGCCAAGAUACGUGCUGGCCAUCGUAUCGAUCAUGGUCUGCUUGGGUAUCGGUCUUUUGUGUGCUGUUCUCCUGCGCUUCUAUAUGAUCUGGGAGAACAAGCGCCGGGACCGUCUGUACGGCAGGCCCGAAAACCUGGAGGACAGGCUGGACGGAAUGCGCAUGGGCAUGCACGAUAAGACUGAUGACGAGAAUAAGGACUUCCGUUAUAACCCCUCCGACGUCGCGAACGGCGAACUGACCAUCAUCGUCGGCCUCGGCGUACAACUCGCCUUCUUCGGCUGCUUCCUCGUCGUGUCCGGCGUCUUCCACCGGCGCAUGCGCCACGCCCCGACCGCCAAAUCCGAGAAACCGUACAUCCAGUAG